AUGGCCACCCCUAUCUAUCAACAUGUCACCGUCGGUCCCAUUCCCAUUCCCAGCGAAGCGCGGCCGAUCUCUGCGCCAGCAGUCUACCGAUACCCCCGCAGUACCCCUCCGAAUCAGGCGGCCAUCAACAUUGACAUCACGCCGGAGAACCCGCUCCUGAAACCGUAUGAUCAAGAGACGGUCCAAAAACUCAUAUUGCAGGAGUGUAAGGGUGCAAUCUACGAAUUCAGCGCGACCAGUUUGCUCAAAACCUCCUUGAUCAAUCCCACGUCAACUUCCUCCGCGCGCCGAACAACACCGGCUUCACCUCCCAUGUUGGGGUUGUCUCCGGAGCAAGAGAACUACAUCCCGUUAGCCGCUUGGCUGAACACGCUCAUCGACGACCGGUACAAGAAGCUUUUUGCCUUUCACCCAUACAAUCGCUCGGUGGCUGGGGACCACAAACACGACGACAUCGACCGCACUGCGCAUCUGAAGUUCGCCCUCAACCCGGACUUGAUAGCCGCUUGGUUGGGCGGCAAGCUCGCCCGCAAGCGCAUUAUCUCGUGGUUCGAUGUUGAUAUCGCUGUGGAGGUUAAGGAUGUUUGGAUGCAGUGCCUGCGGCAGGCACUCACGUAUGGCAGGCUGACCUUGGGAAGCGGUCUACGGUGGUUCUGCCCGGUCUUGAUGGUCGACCAGAAAAAAUCCACCGCGAAUAUCGCGUUCUGUACGCGCAUGGGCGUCUUCAUUUCGGAGAAGCUGUCCCUGCGACAUCAGCGGGAUCGCGAUCACCUCGCAGAGAUCCUUUGUGCUUAUGUUGAACUUCAGCCUGAUAAAGCUGGUUACGAUGUCUCUGCGAAGUACGAGGGCGAAGUGUUGUCGUUUGCGCUUCCAAGAGCCGACGCCUACGAGUGGUGGGAUGUGGAUAAGGUUCUCUUCAAGACGCCCUCUCUCAGAGGUACGGCGACCAGCGUGUACCGCUUGAAGCCCCCCGCCUGUCAAGCUGCCACGCAUCCGCGCGACAAUUUGCCGCAAUCCACGGAUUUAGAGGAUGUCCGGCAACGUUUCUCCGACCUCCAAGCCUCCGUCCCAUCCUCUGGAUCACCCAAAGCCGCGGAUGAUCACCCACACCCCACAGCCUCUGAUCCUCUUGGAGCCCGAUUACGCUCAAGAGAUGCACCCUCUCGCGACUCCAGUCCACGUCCGUCUUCGCCGGAGAACAAGCGGUUCUCAUCCUCACCGAGAAAUCCUAUCAUGUGCAUCAAGGAUCAGGAACUAGACUGGGAAAACGCGACACCGGAGUACUUGAUUAUGAAGGAUUCCUACCCCCUCGUAGCUCGCGCAAAGACUGAGAUGGAGUUCUUGCGCGCCGUGAAAGAUCAGCACGGGUUCUCAAGCAUCAUCUGGGGUUUGACCGUGGACCAUCCACUGAAAGACUUCCUGGAAAUUCCCGGCUUGCGUAGUUGCGCCGCUUUGGGCGGUGGUUCGGAUGCCAUACUGACGCAGGAAGAGCGUUGUCAUCGUCGUCUCUUCUCGAACGUUGAGGGCAAGCCCCUGACGGAGGUGGAGGAUGUUUUUGAAAUCGUCUAUACAUGUGUUGACGCAUUCAUCGGUAUUUUGAACGCCUACCGCCUUGGAUGGAUACACCGUGACAUCUCCAUCGGGAACGUGCUACAUCGCUUAAACCCUGAGAUGCGCGCAGUGGCCGAACAAGUGGCCGAAUUGAACGCGGCGGCGAGCGGACGACUGCCUGGUUGUGAUUUCUCAUUCUUGCAGGAUCACCUCCGCAAGUGCAAUUGUGUGAUCAUUGACGGUGACUUGGCCGUGAAAUGCACUGACAGGGAAGAGCUCAUGGCAUACAAGUCGGGCACACUCUCGUUCAUGUCAGAACGCCUACUUCGAGCGUGGCACCACGAUUGGCCGUCCUUACACUGUGCGCUGGAUGACAUGGAAUCUGUGGUGUGGCUUCUGCUUUGGACCCUUGCAUGUCGGAAGCAGGACAACAAGACCGACUUCGAAAAGGGGGUGCUGGAAAAACUAAAUUCGCCCAAUCUCGAAGCUCUUGCCUCGGCGAAGUUCGGCUUAAUGGCUCGCACAGAUGAUUAUGACUUCGCUGCAGGCAAUGACGAGGCGCAUGACCUGGUAAUCCGGUGGAUGGCGGUGGCCGACAGUGCUCGGGUUGAGGCUGACGGUGUUUUCCCCAAGCCAAAAAAGGGCGCCCUGCCUUCACCCGCCCACGAAGUGGACACGGACUUGCUCGACCGGCUGACGUAUAAAUACUUCAAUGAGUACUUGCUGGCCGGGGUGGGAUUUUUGCGGAAGAAUGAGCGGUACCAGUUCGAUUGA